UUAUUUCUUUUUCCAAAUUAGAGCCAUCAUGGCUUCCUUCACACCAACAACCGCGUUUUCAGGACAAGAUUCCUCCAAAUCACAACUUUCUAAAUCAUCUUUACCAUAUUCCAUAAUAAGUAAAGAAUAUGAAAGCAGCUUUGAAAAUGACAGCCGUAACAGACAAAACAGCAAUGGAGUCGCUAGCUUUGCCUCAGGAUCUCUAUUGGGACGGCAAAACGGAGCCGAUAUCGCCGUUGUCCAUCGAGUUGUUUUCCAUGACUGAACCAGCUGGUUUUUGGCUAAAUGAUGACAACAUUGAAAAUGGGAUUACAAUGGUCAGUGACAAAGAUUUCGAGCUAAAGUCUGGAAUGGAGCUUUUCAAUGGGGAUGACAUCGUAUUUGAGUUUUCUGAUUUUAAGGAAGAGUGGUCCGAGAAUAAGCUGCUUUUGGAUGUCGACACUGCAAUCGCGCAUCCAAAUCCGGUGACUAAAGUACACGACUCAUUCGAUAUCGAAGCCUUAAAAUCGGAAAAUUUCGAGAUUGCAGUACUGACCACUUUAACACCACCGCAAUCACCUCCGCAAUCCAGUACAUCAGCGACUCUUUUGCAGAAUGGCAUAGCAACAGAAGGUGCAAUAAAUGUCAACAAUGUUCUUCAGCUGACACCAUCGGAGACAGUUAGUCAAGUACCACCAACAGCACUGACUUCAUCCCAAAUCCACUCCGUUCCCUCUCCAGCAUUAACACCAGCUCCAUCUACACUAACUCUGCAUAGCCUUCAUUUUACUCCUUACUACAAUUCAGCACCCUUUACACCCACGGACGCUGCACAAACCGAUGACGAUAAGCGCAAUUCGCAAAUCGUUGAUGAAUUUCUGAAAUCAUGCAUCAAAGAAUUGCCCAAUUUGAACGAUGAUUGUGAGUCCAUGUCCUGGUCGUCUUACUCCUCAGGAUCGCGUCCAGAUUCCAUAGUGACCGAUGAGGAGUGGUCGCCGGAUUCAUCGUUUUCCUCAUCCGCCAGCUCGUCGCCUAUGUACAAUGGCGACGAAGAUAACUCUCAAUCUAUGGUCCCCAAGUCUUCUGAACCCAAAAAGCGCACACGCCCAUACGGACGUGGCGUUGAGGACCGCAAAAUGCGGAAAAAGGAGCAAAAUAAGAAUGCAGCAACACGUUAUCGUCAAAAGAAAAAGGUCGAAAUGGAGAACGUACUCAAUGAGGAGCAAAAACUUACACAGCGUAAUGAAGAGUUAAAACGCGUAUUGGCCGAACGUCAACGCGAGGCUAAGUACUUAAAAACCCUCAUUAAGGAGUUCUACAAGAAGAAAAAGGACAGCAAACAAGCCAAUGCGUAAGAACGUAGUAACGCAGGCGGAGAGAAAACCAUUUUGUCAUCAUACAGCCAUUAAACCAACUGAUCAACCAGCCAGCAACACUAACAACAUUUCCAAUUAACAUUUAAAAAAUAUUUUAUCUAUGAUUUUUUAUUAUUAUGCUACGCAAACAUUGCAAUAAAUCAGACAAUUUGCAACUAGGAAAGUAAGUAUGGCUCGCAAUGUAAAUUGGCGCGUAUGACAGGACCGAAAUCGGUCUUUGAACUAAUUUUGCCGCUUGCAUUUGCGACCACUUUAUGUAUCGUGUGCAUAGUGCCCAAAUAUAAACCCAACAUGACAGCAUUUUAAUAACUAUGUAUGCGUCCACUUUGCUUAGUUUGCUCUGACUUCAAUUGAGGACAGAAAAUGUUUUCGAUUUAUAUAUAUUUCAAUACAAAUAAAAGGGUUUAUAAUUCA